ACCACAACCUCUAGUGAUACCGCCCUUCAAAGCAAUCUAUCUUGGUCUCUUUUGUCUUCGGAGACUCAACAAUCCAUCUCUCACAAACCAUUCCUCCUUCCCACAGACGUCAUCAAAAUGCCUGAGGUUCAAGCUCCCAGCCAGCAGAUCGCCAUGGAGGCUCUCCCAGCCGGUGAGGUCGUUUCCCAGCAGCCUGCUGUCGAGGAGCCAAUGUCGUCCGAUGUCAGCCUCCGUGGUGGCUGCGGCGAGUCCAUUGACUGCUGCGGCAUCACCGAGUCUUGCGGAUGCUGCUAGACGAAACUGAAUAAAGCCAUUCUUCGUAUCGAUUCGACAACCUACACAACGAAACAGGCAACACAUCAGUUGUUGGCCAUGAGUUUUCUGGGUUUUGCAGCACGGAUUAUGGGAGAAUCAGAUUACAAUAUAUGGAGGAAGAGGAUGCGGAUGUGAUAUCCCAUAAUUUGUCUCAUUUGGAGUUUACGGGAUGGAUUGUCUCGGGUGAAACCAGCACCGAGGCUUUCUUUGGUCUGAUAAGAUUGGAGGAUAGAUAUGCCCAGUCCAAUUCAGCGUUGCUGUUCUGAUCA